AUGGAUUCAAAUUGGUUGCAUAUUUUAUUACAAUCAAAUUCGGCAGAUCCAUUAGAACGGUUAAAACUCGGAGAAAUAUUAUUGAACGAGGUCUCGCAGCGAAAAAUAUCGGCGCAUUCGAAGUUGGUCAAUGAUUUUCUAGAUGUUAUGACACAAUGGUUGAGUGGCAGUAACUUUAAGGUGAGACUGGAUAAUGUGAUGUGAAUUUUGAAAAAUGAAAAUUUGCAGGUAACUCAAAUUGGUCUCGAAAUUCUCGAUUCGGCUCUCAAGUUUUCACCCGAAGUCCUCGCUUCUUAUUAUUUCGAUCGAUUAAAUAUUCUAAUCGAAAAGAUGGGUGAUUCAAAACAAACAGUUCGAGAUAUGGCAAUUCAUCUUCUUCUUUCUCUCGCAUAUCUCGAAAAUUCUUCUCCAACAAUAUUAUUAGAUCGAUUAACUAUUCCUGGAACUGGUUUCGAACACAAACAAUGGCUUGUCAAAGUUGGAGCAAUUUAUAUUUUGAAAGAGUUUUUGAAUACAAGUUUUGCUUUGGUUAUUCAUCAAACUCUUCAAAUAAUUCCACAACUUUGUCGAUUGACAAAUGAUCCAAAUGUUGAAGUUCGAGAUAUUUCUUCGUCUGUUAUUGUUGAUUUGAUGGUUUAUGGUGGAGUUCCGAUUGUUCAGAAAAUUCAAUCGACUAAAAUUAUCAAUGAUCAGAAGUGAGUUUAGGGGGAAGGCGGAAUCAGAGAAGAGAAUGGGACACAAACCUUCUGAAGCUGAGCAAUGAUUUUCAAUUAAACAAAAAAUUAUUUGGUAAGAAAAUGCUUAAUAUAAGCAAUGGUAGAUUUUUGUCCAAAAGAAGAUUUUUUCGUUGGGAAAUAAAAUUCUGUAUUUUUAGGAUUUAACGUGAAAAAUUAUGGAUUACUGUAGCUUUUUCACAAAACUACAGUAGUUCAGGUCUACAGUAACCCUCUUCUAGUGUAACUUAAGAUCUUGUGUUUUCUGAAAAAUUCUUACAUUUCCGGUAUUGUUUUUUUUCUAAAAACAAUGAUGUGUCAAUUAAAAACGGUUCUUUAUAUUAUUCAAUUAUACAAAACAAACAAUAUAGUUUUUUUUCUGGUUAAACAAAAAUGAUAUAAUUUUCUCACAUUAAUGUUAUGAUUCAUCAUAUUUAUUUGAUCGCAGUUUUCAUUUUUAGUUUUAAAACAUUUUCCGGUCAUUUUUCAACAGAAUUCUCUAGAAAAAUAUUCCAAAUUUCAUUUAACAACCUGAAAUUUGUCAUAUAAUUUUUCAUUCAAUUUUCCCACCAAGACUUUCAGAAAUCAGAUUCGUCUUAUUUUAUUCAAAUUGUUCUCCAACUGUUUCAAUUCAAUAUUAUUUAUAAAAUAGUAUAGUCAAGGUCUUUUGCAUAUAUUUUUCCCAUCUGUUUUCCAUUUUUGUUCAGAACAUCAGAUUAUCCUAUCUCGCUCGCUCGCUCUCUCGAAAACAGAGAAAAGAGAAAGGAAAAUGCUGAUUUUUGUAUACAUAUGUUCAUAUUUUUGUAUAUUUUCUAUCCAAUUAUUCACGCUUCUCUGGAUUUUAGGCCAAAUUUGCAAAAUUUCUUUUGUUCCGCGAAUUUUAGAUUUAAUUGAAUUUAAAAUUGAAGCUUAUUAUUUUUUUUUUGAAAUUAGAAAUGUAUUUUGAGAAUUGGGGAAAAUUGGACAUUUUCUGGACCAAAUUUGAAUUUUUAUUGCCACGUGGCAAAUGUUUGGGCUCGUGAAAAUUUGAUUUGAUUUUUUUCAGAAACUUGUUGCGCCAAAUCAAAUAUUUAGCGUGAAUUUCUCAAAUUCAAAUUUAUUUUUCUAACACCAAAUUUUAAUUGUUGCCACGUGGCGAAAAAAACUUUUUUGGGCCACGUUCAAUUUUCAGAUUCAAGUUUUUUUUUCCUACUUUCAAGUUUUAUAAUCUUGUGUUUCCAAUAAAAUUACCUGAAAUUUCCAGAAUGACAAUCCUGAUGCAAAAAUACCAAUCAACAGUGGCAACCCGUGGUGAUCUGCCACCAAAACACUCAAUUCAAAUGGAUGUUCAACCACAGCAAAGAAACGCAUUCAUCCGUCGAUCUCUUCGUUCGCCAGCUAAAAUCAUAUACCCAUCUCGAUUAUCUACUCCACCAAAAAACAAUCUACCGAUUAACCCGACAACAACAUCUGCAAUAAGUCCCAGUAGAUCAAGAGAUAUGACAAGAUCAACAAUUAAUCGACCGAAUACAUCGAUGUCAGUUUCGAGAUAUCGAAGUUCGAGUUCGGCGCCGGUUUCGAGUGUUUGUCAAGAUGAUUUUAGAAAAGCAUUUAAUGCUGUACCAAAAACCGUAAUUUUAUAGAACUCAUAAUUUUUUUUAAUGUUUUUUUCUAUUUUCAGACGAUUUAUUCUAACCACGAUGUAUUGGAAAAAGUGGAACUUGCUAGAAAUGUUUUAAUGAACACAAAUGAGGAUUGGUCGAAACGAGCUAAUCAGCUGAAGUUAAUUAGAAGUAUUAUUCUAAAUUCUGAUGACAAUAUUGAUCGAAGAAUUUUAAUUAAUUCAAUUAAUCAAUUAGCCGACGCGUUGGAAAUUUCGAUUCGAGAUUUGAGGUCACAAAUUGUACGAGAAGCUUCGGUUACAUGUAGUUUUAUAUUUGAAACAUUUGGAAAUGAAGCUAGAAAUAUUGCUGAAACCGUACUUCCUGCUGCAUUAUCACAACUUGCUGUGAGCACUAAAAUAAUGGCGACAAGUGCGGCAACUUUGACAACAUUUAUUGUUCAGGUCAGUUGAUUUUUAUAGUGUUUUCGAAAUUGAAAAUAAAUAUUUUGAAAUUGCAGAAAAUCCAUUCUCGUCAAAUAUUUUCGAUUCUUUCCGAAUUGUCAAAUUCGAAAUCAAAAGAGCAACGUCGACAAUUAUUGAUUUUAUCCGAAAUCAUUAUUUCAACAUGGGAUAUUCGAUCAAAACAACCGAUUUUGAAGCAACUUGCAAAUAUCAUCAAAAAUGCGAUAAAUGACGCGGAUAGUGAGACAAGAACAAAUGGAAGAAAGGCUUUUCAGAAAUUUGAAACUUAUCAUGCAGAAUUGGCUGAUCAAAUAUUUCGAGAAUUGGAUAAUUCGAAGCAGAAAAUGUUGAGAGAAGGUGUUGCUUCAUCGUCUUCGAGUAUAAAUAGUGAUCGAGAAAAUAAUAGUCGACCAAAUAACAUUAGUCAGAAGUUUUUAUCGCAAAGAUCAUCUUCAGCAAUUGAUGCAAAACAGAUUACAAUUCCAACACAAUCAGUUACACAAAGACCAACUGUUUUAUCGAAACUUCCAAAAUCUUCGACUUUUUGUAAGUUCAGAUUUUUUUCGGGGAACAAUAAAACUUUCUGAAAAGCCUCAGGACUUUUUGUCAGCUUAAGCUUUCAAAAACAUUUUAAAAUUUAGUCUCAAAAUCACUUAUCUUACUGUAGAUUCCUCUAGAAAUUUUUGAUGGGUUACGGUAGAUGAAUAUAUUAAUUUUGGAAAAUGUUACUGAUCUCGAAAAUUUUAAAGAUUUCAAAAUGAAACUCACAACCUCGUGUUUCAGCAACGGUAAAAUCAAGUGGAUAUGGUCAACUCAAAUGCAGACCUCAACAAAAUCGCCCGAAUUCCCCAUCUCAAUCAAUUCCAAAAUCAUCUUCAUCAUCUCCUUCUUCUUCAACAAUUCAAACACCAAUUAUGAGAAUUGCUUCGAAUCUUGGAAGUUCUUCAUUUGUUGCUUCUUUGACUGUUGAACAGGCUAAUAAUUUGCAAUUUGCAAUGGAUAAAGCGAAAGAUGAAAUGGUUGGUUUUUCAGGGGGAUUUGCAAAAAAAAAUUCAAAAAAGGGAAUUUUUUCGACGCAAAUUCUACAGUAAUCCAAAAAUUUUUGGGUAGACCCGCGAAGUAAUGAGGUACUAAUUUAAUCUUUCGGAAAUUAAUUUUUAAAGCAAAAAUUGAAACGUAAUUUUUUCUGGAGAUUUUUUAAGAGCAAAUAUCGAUUUUUCGGAACGUAUUUUUCCUGGUUUUUUACGCUGAAAUUUCGGAGGUUUUCAUUUAAACCAAAAACAUUUUUGCCGUCAAAUAAACCUGAGCUUACUGUAGAUGCCAAGAUUUUGUAGUUAUCUGUUUUUGGCCAAUUACAAAAUUUUUAAAAAAAAAGUUUCCAGAAUCGCGACAUCGAAGAAGACGAUGAUUUCCUACUGGCUCCACCAAAAUCAACACCUCCACCUCGAACAAUUUUACAAUCCUCACCAGAAUCAAAGAUCAAUCCAAUCGAACACAUUUUGAAAGCAUGCACUUCUUCAUCUUUCAAUGAGAAAAAAGAUGGCAUCAAACAACUGUCAUCUGUCAUUUUGUGAGUUCACAUUUGCAAAUAUGCUCAAAAAAAUUGAAAAAUUUUUCAGAGAUCAAAAAUUGACGGAUUUCGAGAUCAGACAAAUUGGCGAUGUUUUGACACGUUUGUUAGCUGAAGGAAAUACAACAAUCCUUAUCCAAAUACUAGAAACACUUUCAAGUUUCAUCAAAAUUUAUCAUAAAAAUCUUGAAGGAUGGAUGAAACUUGCAUUGGGAAAACUAUUCGCAAAAAUGGGAGCAGAAGCAUUGCCGAAUAUCAAAUAUGCAUUGAAUCAAACACAAAAAGCAUUUUUGAUAUCAUUCGAACCUUGGUUGCAAUUGAAAUCAGUUUGUCAAUUUAUGUGUGAUCCGAUUAAUUUACUUGUUCCAAAAUCGCGUUUGGCACUUUUGGAAUAUUUAUGUUUGUUGUUUGAAGAUAUUUGGCCCGAAGAUGAUUGUAAUAAUUCGAUUGAUGCUGGUUUUACGAGAUUGGCGAUUAGGAAAAUGUUUGCAUGGAUGUUUGAUCAGAGAAGUGGUCCCAUUUUGAUGCCGGUUAGUUUUUUGGUGAAGGUUCUGGGGGUAAAAUUAGGAAUUUUGGAAUUCUGCUUGAAAUUUGGCAUAUUUUGAAACCAAAUAGGCCUGGGUUACUGUAAUGUUGUAGUCUUGAAUUUUGAAAUUAUUUGAUCCAUCCUCAUCUGGUAUCCAAAUAACCGUUAUUGCGAAAACUACAGUAAUCCUAAACUUUUGCCACGUGGAAAAUGUGACUAUCAAUGAAAUUCCAGUUAUUAUGUAACCAAAAUUGUCUGGGUUACUGUAGAAAAUUGCUUUAAAGCUACAGUACACAGCCUUAUUUGCUCUCAAAAUAAGUGUAAAAUUAAGCUUGACAGUAACCCUAAUAUCUUGCCACGUGGAAAUUAAGAUUUUCGAUGAAAGUUUCUUCUUUUUUACUGUAAACAUGCUUGGGUUACUGUAGAAUUUGUUUUUGCAUAGUCAUAUUUAGUCUCAAAAUGACCGUAAUCUUGAGAUUUACAGUAAUCCUAAAUUUUUGUAGGCUUGCGAACGUUUGAUCUGCGCGAUGUUCGCCUUGAAUGCAGCCGAUUUCACAAUGAUUUUCAAUGAUUUGAGUCCAGAAUGUCGUGAUUGGGCAUAUCGAAUCCUUCAAUUAAACGGGCAAAAAAGUGUGGAAAAAGAGAAAGAGCAAUUAUGGUGAGCUAGAUAAAUUCUUAUUAAUUAAUUACCCUAAUUAACAUAAUUACAGUAAUAAUAAUGAUAAAUCAUAUAAUGAGGAAACAAUUCCAAUUCGAUAUGAUUCUCCAGUUCGAACAGAUUCUCCAAUCCGUCAACAAUACUCGAAUAAUAAUUGCAAUAAUUAUCAAAUCGAAACACCUCGAAGAUCAACAGCACAUUUAGCAAAUAAUAUAGCCGAACAAUCAAAUUAUAUUCGAACACAAUUAGAAAAUAUGCGAAAUUUAUCAACAAUCAAUGAAUCGAUGACGAAUUUACACGCAAUGAUGUGUGAAGGAGCAUUUACACUUUGGAAUCAAUAUUUUGAUGAAUUAUUAGAUUCAAUUUAUCAAAUUCUUUCAACAAAUGAUAAUACAAUUCGAAAAAAGACAGCUCUUCGAAUUUUGAUGAAAAUGUGUAAUGCACAAGCAUCUAAAUUAUUUGACUCCACAGAAAUCGCAAUUUCAAAAGUACUUCAAGCUGCUGUUUCAUCUGAUGAUUCUACAAUGAGUAUUGCGGCUGAGGAUUGUUUGAGAACUUUGGCAACACAUUUACCGCUCAUUAAAAUAAUAUCGAUUUCGAGGAAAAUAUUGGGACAGGAUGAUGAUUUGAGAUCGACGUUGAUUUUGAAAAUGUUGACGAGGAUGUUUCAGGAAAUUGAUGUGGAUGAAUUGAGUUUGAUUGUUGAUGAUGUUGCACCAUGUUUUGUUGAGGUAAGGAUGAAUAAAUGAAAAGGUGAAUUUAAAAAAAAAAUACAAUUUUAGUGGUAGGUCAAAUAUAUGUUUUCUGAAUUUUCCUGUAGAAGUUCAGAGUUUGAAAGUACUGUAUUUUUGGGUUCAAAAAGAGGACCUCUAAAGGUACUGUAUUUGUGACAGGUUACUGUAAUUUUCUAGAAGGACUCUAAUUUUGUUUUCAAAAUCCCGCAACUUUUUCAGAAGCUUUGAAAUAAGUCCAAUUUUCAACUUCAAAUAUCAGACAUCUUCCCAUGUCCCUUUAAAAAUCCUCCAAACUUCCAGGCCUAUGAAUCUCGUUCUUCAUCCGUUCGAAAAUGUGCAGUUUUCGGUUUGGUUGCUUUGGUUCAACGAAUUGGAAUGCCUCGAAUGGAACCGCAUUUGAAAACUUUGAACUCCAGCAAGGUAAUUCUCAAAUAUUCAUUUUUCACUGAUUCUUAAUUUUAUUUUAGCUAAACCUCAUUGAUCUUUAUGUCGGUCGAGCAAAAUCAUCAGAAUCGGGCUCAUCUGGAUACUGA